CUUUAUAAUGUCGUCAUGUACGUGGUGGGGACUGGAUAUUUUUCUUCUUCCUCUGCAGUUGUCGAGUUGUUGAUCGCGGCUCACGACUGUUUCAGUCUCACCUGUAACAUGGAGGGCAUCGUGCGAGUGCUUCAGGGCGCCCGCCACCUUAGCCACGCCUACCUCGCUCCAGGAGAGCACUACAGCCUGCUGGUGCGUCUGCUAACAGGUAUCGGCAGAUACAAUGAAAUGACGUACGUCUUCGACCUGCUGCAUCAAAACCAUCGCUUUGAGAUGCUGCUGAGAAAGAAGGUGGACAUGGACCGAGGACAGUGCUCCAGUCUGAAGACGGCUCUGCUGGACUACAUCAAACGCUGCCUCCCCGCCGACAGCGAGAAGCACAACAUGGUGGCGCUGUGCUUCAGCAUGAGGAGGGAGAUCGGAGAGAACCACGAGAUGGCUGCCAGGACGCAGCUGAAGAUCAUCGAGGCUCAGCCGUGGGUCGUCACUCCUGACCUGGAGAGCUCGCUGGUCAAAGUGUUGGGUCUGCUGAAGGACGCUGCGGAGAGUUUCUCCAAGGACUCGUGUUUGCGUCAGGCGACCCGCUGCGUGAGGACGGCCAAGCUCGUCGCUCUUCAGCUCCACUUCCUCAGACAGGAACUGGACGUACGUGUCAUCAACCUGCGACCGGCGGAGCUGCUGAACACCAUCGUCGCGCUGCCGCGAUGUUACCAGGUGUUUGUGGUGUCGGAGGCGUACGGCUACAGUCCAGACUGGGCGGAGAUUCUGUACGAGAAGGUCGUAGUGAAGGGAGACUUUGUUUACCUGGAGGAGCUCAAACGCCACCGCCCGCUCACCUCCGGCCUGUUUGAGGACAUUUUCAAGAAGCUGGACGCCGCCCCCAGCAGCGUCACGCCCAACGUGAAGCGCCUGCUGACGCACUGCGACGACGUGUACAGCUGCUACAGACUGGCCUACCAGCAGAAUCUGAACGACGUGGCAGAAACGCUGCUGCAGGACGCCAAGACGUCCAACUACCUUAACGACAGACUCGCCAGCUGAUCCGUUCAGGCUCCACAGAACCACAGAACAUUUCAAUGUACAAAAUGUAUUUAUGAUGAUGAUAAUAAUAAUAAUAAAAAGAAUAAAAACGAG